GUUGGUUGCAUAUUUUUGUGUGUACUUCACGCAGUUCGGUACCACAGUGGUUUACAUACUGCUGGCCGCACGCAUCAUACGUGAUUUUAUCGCAGAAUUCGGCACCGAUAUCCAUUUAUGCUAUAUGCUCAUCAUUGUUUCCGUGUGCGUACUGCCAGUCACCUACCUGAAAUCUCCAGCAGAUUUUUGGUUUAUCAUUGUAAUUGCGAUGGCGUGUACGAUUGGCGCAGUGAUUCUGAUCAUAGUCUCGUUGGGUAUCGAUCUGCAUGGCUGUAAGAAACAUGUGGCAUACCCUCCGAUCACGUUUCUUGAUGCGUUGCUGUCGUUGGGAACUUUUUUGUUCGCAUUCAACGGGCAUCACGUCUUCCCGUCGAUUCAGCACGACAUGUACAACACGAGGGACUUCACGAAAUCGGUUUAUUUGGGAUUC